AUGCAGAAUUCUAGUUCUGACUUUUACUUGAAUUACUUGCGGUUAAACAAUAACAGUCUUUCAGGAAUUUGCCCUGGGUCUCUAUCCAAGAUUGAGGGACUUACUCUAGUCGACAUUUCUUAUAACAAUCUUAGCGGUUCGCUGCCAAAAGUGUCUGCCAGAACUUUCAAGGUGAUCGGAAACACUUUAAUCUGUGGCCCAAAAGCUGUUGCAAACUGUUCUGCUGUCUUCCCGAAGCCUCUCACGCUUCCACAAGACGAUCCAUCAGAUGAAUCAGGAACUCGUACAAAUGGCCAUCACCUAGCUGUUGCAUUCGCCGCAAGCUUCAGCGCAGCAUUUCUAGUCAUAUUUACAAGUGGAAUGUUUCUCUGGUGGAGAUAUCGACGUAACAAGCAAAUAUUUUUCGACGUUAAUGAACAAUAUGAUCCAGAGGUGAGCUUAGGACACUUGAAGAGGUAUACAUUCAAAGAGCUUAGAUCGGCAACCAAUCAUUUCAACUCAAAGAACAUUCUCGGAAGAGGCGGAUACGGGAUUGUGUACAAAGGACACUUAAGCGACGGAUCUUUGGUGGCUGUAAAGCGUCUCAAAGACUGGAACAUAGCCGGCGGAGAAGUGCAGUUUCAGACAGAAGGAGAGACUAUAAGCUUGGCUCUUCAUCGCAAUCUCCUCAGGCUUCGAGGUUUCUGUAGUAGCAACAAUGAGAGAAUCUUGGUCUACCCUUACAUGCCUAACGGAAGCGUGGCUUCCCGCUUAAAAGAUCAUAUCCGAGGAGAACCAGCAUUAGACUGGUCGAGAAGGAAGAAGAUAGCGGUUGGUACGGCAAGGGGAUUAGUGUAUCUCCAUGAGCAGUGUGACCCGAAGAUUAUACACCGUGAUAUGAAAGCAGCUAACAUUUUGUUAGAUGAAUUAGACUUUGAGGCAGUUGUUGGUGAUUUCAGGUUAGCCAGGCUUCUAGACCAUAGAGACUCACAUGUUACGACGGCCGUUCGUGGAACUGUUGGCCACAUUGCACCUGAGUACUUGUCCACUGGUCAGUCCUCGGAGAAGACUGAUGUGUUUGGCUUUGGUAUACUGCUUCUUGAGCUCAUUACGGGUCAGAAGGCUCUUGAUUUUGGCCGUUCCUCACACCAGAAAGGGGUCAUGCUCGAUUGGGUGAAGAAGCUGCAUCAAGAAGGGAAACUAAAGCAAUUAAUAGACAAAGAUCUUAACGACAAGUACGAUAGAGUGGAGCUCGAAGAAAUAGUUCAAGUUGCUCUUCUUUGCACUCAGUUCAAUCCAUCUAAUCGACCUAAAAUGUCCGAAGUUAUGAAGAUGCUUAAAGGCGACGGCUUGGCUGAGAGAUGGGAAUCGUCGCAGAACGGUGGGGCGGCGUCGCUGCCACCGCCCUUGCCAUCGGGGGUGGUGAUUUCAUCGCCGCGGAUGAGGUAUUACUCUGAUUAUAUCGAAGAAUCAUCUCUUGUCGUCGAAGCCAUUGAGCUCUCUGGUCCUCGAUGAAGAGUGGUGAUCAUUAGGCCUGGGACGGAUCGGGUAUCCGGGCAAUUUUAAGAUAUCCGGAUCCUUAUCCGGCGGAUCCAUAAUUUUACUAUCUUUAUCCGGAUCCGGGGUUCGCGGAUAUACGGGUGUCGGAUAUCCUUCUAAAAAUUAUAAUAUCCGGCGGAUAUCCGGAUCCGGAUUUGGAUCCUUAAAAUAAAUAAA